CGCUCGCGGGUUUUCUCACAGGAUUUGUUUUCCGCACCUUUUCGGGGGUGAGCCCACGCAGCUUGGCCCGGCCCCGCCUGAUUAGGGGGCCGGGAAAUGGGCGGGGAAGGGGCUGAGACAGUUAAAGAGAGGCCCAGCAGGCUUCCCUUCCCGGCGCCGCGGAGUCCCUUCAGCCCGUUCACAGCAGAGGAAGCGCUGCGGACCUAGUCCCUCGGGGCAGCCUGGACCCAAGAGGUUUGAAAAAAGCCUCUUGACUUAGAAAUUACCAAGAGCUGAUCUAAAAUAGGACAUAUAAAGUGCAUUCAAGCUAGCUCAAGAAAGCAAAAAAUGAGAAAACAGUUCCAGACUCCAUUGAAGAAGGAAGAAUGCUGGGUACAUCUAGUCUGAUAGACUUGCUCAGGGAAGUGGAACCAUCUAUCUCCAGAAAUGUCUUCAGAAAGUAAAGAGCAACCUGAUCUUUCACCAAGGAACUCAGCUGAAGGAAAUGACAAUCUUGCAUCUGGAAUCUCUCUGGAGCCACAAAAGGAAUCAAGUACUGACUUCAAGCAAGUUGAAACCCAUGAUCAAUUCAGAACUUAUCCUAGGAUCUAUUUGGAGCCUCAGGAGAAAUCAAAUACUAAUAUUAAGGAAUUUAUCAUCAAAAAGCUACAGAAGAGUUGCCAGUGUAACUCAACCAAAGCCAAAAAUAUGAUUUUUCGUUUCUUUCCUGUUUUGCAGUGGCUCCCAAAAUAUGAUUUAAAGAAAAACCUUUUAGGAGAUGUGAUGUCUGGUUUGAUUGUGGGUAUCUUAAUAGUUCCCCAGUCCAUUGCUUAUUCCCUCUUGGCUGGCCAAGAUCCCAUCUAUGGUCUGUACACAUCGUUUUUUGCCAGCAUCAUUUAUUUUUUAUUUGGUACUUCUCGUCACAUCUCUGUGGGCAUUUUUGGAGUACUGUGCCUUAUGAUUGGUGAGGUAGUUGACCGAGAACUACACAAAGCUGGCUAUAACACUGCCCAUAUUAGUCCUUUAGGAAUGGUUUCAAAUGGGAGCUCAUUAGUAAACCACACAUUAGAAAAGAUAUGUGACAGAAGUUGCUAUGCAAUUAAAAUUGGAAGCACUGUAACCUUUAUGGCUGGAGUUUAUCAGGUAGCGAUGGGCUUCUUUCAAGUGGGCUUUGUUUCUGUCUACCUCUCAGAUGCCUUGCUGAGUGGAUUUGUCACUGGUGCCUCCUUCACUAUUCUCACAUCUCAGGCCAAAUAUCUCCUUGGGCUCAGCCUUCCACGGAGUAAUGGUGUGGGCUCGCUCAUCACUACAUGGAUACAUAUCUUCCAAAACAUCCAUAACACCAAACUCUGUGAUCUCAUCACCAGCCUUUUGUGUCUUUUGGUCCUUUUGCCAACCAAAGAACUCAAUGAGCACUUCAAAUCCAAGCUCAAGGCACCGAUUCCUACUGAACUUAUCGUUGUUGUGGCAGCCACAUUGGCCUCUCAUUUUGGAAAACUAAAAGAGAAUUACAAUUCCAGUGUUGCUGGACAUAUACCCACUGGGUUUCUGCCACCCAGAGCACCAGACUGGAGCCUAGUGCCUAAUGUGGCUGUAGAUGCAAUAGCUAUUUCUUUCAUUGGCUUUGCUAUCACUGUAUCACUUUCUGAGAUGUUUGCCAAGAAACAUGGCUACACAGUCAAAGCCAAUCAGGAGAUGUAUGCCAUUGGCUUUUGCAAUAUCAUCCCUUCCUUCUUCCAUUGCAUUACUACUAGUGCAGCUCUUGCAAAGACACUGGUUAAAGAAUCAACAGGUUGUCAAACUCAGAUUUCCGCUGUGAUGACUGCUCUGGUUCUUCUGUUGGUUCUCCUAGUAAUAGCUCCUUUAUUCUAUUCCCUACAGAAAUGUGUCCUUGGUGUGAUCACUAUUGUAAAUCUCCGGGGAGCCCUUUGUAAAUUUAGAGAUCUGCCCAGUAUGUGGAGGGUGAGCAGAAUGGAUACGGUUAUCUGGUUUGUUACCAUGCUGUCCUCUGCUCUGAUAAGCACUGAAUUAGGCCUUCUUAUUGGGGUUUGUUUUUCUAUGUUUUGUGUCAUCCUCCGCACUCAGAAGCCAAAGGUUUCAUUGCUUGGCUUUGUAGAAGAGUCUGAAAUCUUUGAAUCCCUGUCUGCUUACAAGAACCUUCAGACCAAGCCAGGCAUCAAGAUUGUCCGCUUCAUAGCACCUCUCUACUACAUAAACAAAGAAUGCUUUAAAUCUGCUUUAUAUAAAAAAACUCUAAACCCAGUCUUGGUAAAGGCUGCUCAGAAGAAGGCAGCCAAGAAAAUGCUGAAAGAGCAAAGAGUGACUCUCAGUGGAAUCCAGGAUGAGGUUUCAGUGCAACUUUCCCAUGAUCCUUUGGAGUUACAUACUAUAGUGAUUGACUGUAGUGCAAUACAAUUUUUAGAUACAGCAGGGAUCUCUACACUGAAGGAAGUUCGCAGAGAUUAUGAAGCCAUUGGCAUUCAGGUUCUGCUGGCUCAAUGCAAUCCCUCUGUGAGGGAUUCCCUGACCAAGGGACAAUAUUUCAGAGAAGAACAAAACCUUCUCUUCUACAGCAUGUACGAAGCAGUGGCUUUUGCAGUAGAAUCUCAAAACCAGAAAGGAACAUGUGUUCUCAAUGGUCUGAGUUUUUCGAGUGAUUGAGAAAGUAAAGAAGAAUGUCUCAUCAAUAGGUAAAAUUUCAAAUGUGCAAUAUUUUCCAUUUUCACAGUGGAAAACACUGCACAGUUGAAAUUUUUCUUCCUUGGAGGCUUACGGCCUUUUCAUGUUCUCAAGUGUAGUAAAGCUUAUAGUAGGUCAGAAUCAAAAAGAAGAAAAUGUGGUUUCAAGCUUUCAUGCAUCUAUGAAGUACUUUUGGGAUGUAAUAACGAGUGAAUUGAGUUGUAAAGUAGCACCCAAACUUAUUUACCACCUUGUUUUAGGACAUAUGUUUGGACUUUUCCUCCUCCAGGAGGUAAAGGGGAGAAGUUGGGAUUUACAUUAGAAUCACUGGAGCCUUUGCAUGACUGUGGAAAGGAAGGGAGCAUGUUGCAUUUGCUUCUCUUGUAUCAGCAGGUUAAGAGGCUUCUGGAGCAUGAAGUCCUAACUCUGCAAGUUUGUUUUCUGCUUCUCUAUUCCCAGUCUUUGCUCUCCAGAGGACAGUAGUACUCUGCUUUUUAAGUAGGAAAUCACUGCAUUCCUCAGACAGGGAAUCAUGAGCAUAGUCUGAUAGCUGGCAUGUUUGUGACAUCUUAUGUCACAGCCAGCCUGAGAUUAAAAGCACCCUUUAUGAUGAAUUGGAUGUUUAAUCUUUUUUUUUUUUUUUUUUAGGGCAAGUAGGUUAACACAGUUCUUCAAAAUCAGAAAAUACAAAUGGGAGUCCUCUCUGUCUUUUCUGUGAUUGCUAUUUGUGCUUGUUUGUGAGACUGAUCCACCAUUAAGGCCUGUUUUAACGGUCAGCCAACUGUUUUCCCAUGGAAUCUGUCCUAAAUUGGCAUGUCUGUCUGCUCUCAGCAAGUUGCCAAAGCAGGAUGCUGACUUAGCAAUUUUGAACAAUUUUUUUUUUUUUUAAUAGGCUUGAGGCUGUCAAGGACACUGCAAGAAGGAAUGAUUUAUAUUUCCUGUAAGAAUUAGUUUACUAGGCAGUAAACUAUAUACCGAAACCUCUGCCACCUCCUAUCGCAUUUUAUUAAGGGUGUUUUGGGAACUGACAGACCCAAAUAGAAUCUGCUAUUCAUGGAGGAAAAUGUGCAAAAGUGAGAGAGUACUUCCAAAAGGACAUCAAUAAAGUUUUAGGUGUUUUAGUAAAAACAGUGCUGAUGCAUUCUGCCAUGCAUCUUAUUGAUAUACAAUAAAUGAUGAUAAUGACAGCUUUUAACUCUUCAUGAUGCCUAAAGCUGUUAAGAUUUAGAAGCAUAAAUAUGAUAUAAAAUCCAAGUUCUGCGGGUAUAUUUAUGGUAGUUGGCCACAGGUUGUGAAUUGAGGUAUUAUUUCUUUGGAAAAGCAGAAAUAUCUGACAUUGGACACUUACAGUUUUGUGUUUGGACUUUGGCAGGCAAAAAAAAAAGACGUUCUCCAAAGAAUAAGAGACUAAUUUAUAUGAGAUUAAAACAUCUAGCCAGGUCUUUUAAACAAGAUAAUGAUUGCCAAAGUGAAAACUCAUUUUUAAAGCCUGCUCUUAAUAUUCUAAGCAAUUUAAAGUAUUUAUAAUAACCCCUAUAUGUCAGGUAUAGUACAUAUUUAAGAUAUACUUUUGUUCUUUAAACUGCCAGUGUUUUUCUUUUGGUAGAUUGCCUCCAUUUACUUACAUGGAAAAUACCUAUUACUCCAACAAAGCAGUUUCUAUGUUACUGUAUUCUAAGGUGAUUAAUGUUAUAUGUAAUACUGUCCUGAAUUUUUUUUUUUUUUUUUUUUUUUU